AUGUUCAUAGUGGAUGGUCACGAGCAAGCUUCCGCCUUGCAUCCUCUCAUAUGCCGCUUCAACCAGACAGUGCAUGUGAUGGUAACAGGGGUUAAUCGUGGAUUGAGUGGCACCGUGCUUGAGAAGACUUUUCGCCAAACGAAGUGUGGUGCUAUAGUGCAUGACAUGCAGUUGCAAGCAACAGAUGACCUUACCAUGUCUGCAGCGGUUAUCGAUUCGGUGUCCCGUCUCAUGCUGGUCCUUCGUCCGCGUAUCCUAAUUUAUCUGCAAGACGAUCGGCCACUGACUCGUGCUUUGGAAGUAAUGGCCCAUGAUCAACAGGUUGUUGCCAUCGGACUUCCGUCGAAAGAUAUUCGUCACGCGUUAUGGAUCGCCGACUUAUCCCUAGACGCUUUGCAAUAUUGGCACAAGAUGAAUAUCAAGCUUGUUGUCAUCACGGACCGUCGACCACAUUCAUUGUCCCGUCUCUUACAGUCCACCGGUCGUUCCUAUUAUCUUGGUGAUAAAGUUGAUCUGAUGGUGCAUAUGGAACAGUCUGCUGAUCGUGCCACCCGUAUGCUGAUCAAUAGCUUUCAAUGGCGCCACGGUUCGAAAAUAGUCCGUCAUCGGAUCCGGAAAGGGGGUUUAAUGCCUGCUAUUAUCGAAUCAUGGUAUCCUGAUCACGAUGACGAUUACGCAGUUUUACUGGAAGACGAUAUUGAAGUGUCUCCUUUAUUUUAUGCGUGGGCAAAAUACAGUGUUUUACAAUACCGAUACAGCGGAGAUGCCGAAGCGAGCCGGCUAAUGUAUGGUGUAUCCUUGUACUCCCCCCGCAAUCUUGAAUUGUGGCCUCAGGGACGACGUCCAUUUCAUCCUCGUCAAGCUCUACAGGAUUAUUAUCCAUCGAGGAUGCCCUAUUUAUCUCAGGUGCCUUGUAGCUGGGGUGCUGUUUAUUUUCCGGAACAUUGGCGUGAGUUCCAUCAUUAUUUGACGGUUCGACUGGAAGACAUGCAACAAGAUCGCUUAUUGAACAUCACGGUCCCCGAUACACGGUCUGAACGAUGGAAAAAGUCGUGGAAAAAGUAUUUUAUUCAACUGAUGUAUCUGCGGAGCUAUGUUAUGCUUUAUCCGAAUUUCCAACAGUUUGAAUCCUUCUCAACAAACCAUCUUGAAUUCGGUACGCAUGUCAAAAAAGAGCGUCGACAAAAAACCAUUGGCCAUUUUCAGGUUCCGCUGAUGCAGCGGGACACAAUCCUCGCCCAGUUGCCAGAUCACCGCUUGCCUUACUUCAAUGAUUUGCCCGUAUUGGACCUUUGGGGCCGUUUAGUGACACACACAGAACUGGAUCGCAUUGCCGCGGCAUGGCAUCGACGCGUAUCGGCAUGUGAGCGUAAUGUUGGCCAUUUUGAUGCUCAGGAUUUGCUGUGUCCUUUCCCGAAAUCCGACGAGGAAAGAGAAGCAAUGUCAGCUUUGGCGAUGUUACCCAGUACGAAGAAGCCUAAAGAGGGACCGAAAACAAAGGAAGCAAUGCAACCGAUUGCAUAUACCACCAUCUAUUUGACACCACCGACUGGAAAGGAGGCUGCUCUUGAGGAUGAACCAGUACUGUGGUCACAGGAGGAUGAUUUACCCCAACCCAUUGAUGUCAGUCGAAUGUCCGGCGGUGGCCAGGAAGAAGUGCGUACUUUUCUUGACGAGGAGCUGCAGGACAUCCAUCAAGAUAUUGACAGCCUAAAUCGAUUGUUCUAUUCUGUAUAUUCUGCCAAUUGA